AUGAACGAGUUUGACGGACCCAUACUUAGUGAAAUUUGGCAUUUAAGUAAUUUGCAGAAAAUUCAGCUCGGAUUUAACCAUUUCGAAGGGACAAUUCCACAAGAAAUCGGGAUUCAUGGUAAUUUGGUGCAUUUAUCGAUACAGAGUAACCAGCUUACCGGUCGUAUCCCACUCUCCAUAUUCAAUAUCUCAUCACUGCAAAGUUUGAUUCUGGCAGAGAACAAUCUCUUUGGACCCUUGCCAGGGGAGGUUGGCAACUUGACCAAAUUGCAGACUCUAUUUCUUACGGAUAAUAUGCUAACAGGUGAAAUACCGAAAGGCGUGAGCAAUCUCAUUGAUUUGGUUAAAAUUAAUUUGGGUUUGAACAAAUUUGUUGAUUCACUUCCCAUGGAGAUCUUCAACAUAACAGGGAUGAGAGUGAUUGAACUUUUAGGGAAUAAUCUGACAGGAACCCUCCCAUUAAACAUAGGUUCUAUGUUACCCAACAUUGAAGGUCUUUUUCUAAGUAGCAUGCAUCUUUUUGGGACUAUACCUCAUUCUUUGUCCAACUGUUCCAAACUCAUUUAUCUAGACCUUGGUAAUAAUAGACUCACCGGUUUGAUUUCCAACUCUCUUGGAUAUUUGACUCAUCUAAAGUACCUAUUCUUGGAUGGAAACUAUUUAAUAAGCGACACUACGUUAAGCUUCUUGACUUCCUUGUCAAAUUGGAGAGAUUUAAAAUCACUUCAAUUAUCUGGGAAUCCUCUAAAUGGUGUGCUUCCAAUCUCCUUAGGAAACCUUUCUGGUACUUCUCUUCUACACUUCAAAGCUUCUAAUUGCAUAAUUAAAGGGGAGAUACCAAGAGAAAUUGGGAACUUAAGCAGCCUAAUAGACCUCGAUCUUUCUGGAAAUGAUUUAAUUGGAUCAAUUCCCACAACAAUUAGCAACUUGAGAUUCCUUCAGCUCUUUAACUUGAGUCAUAACAAGCUCUCUGGAUUUAUUGGAGACGAUUUAUGUAAAUUGCAGAACUUGGGCUAUUUACACUUGACCGAAAAUCAACUUUCAGGGUCUCUUCCUAAUUGUUUGGGGAACUUAACUUCCCUUCAGGAGAUAUUUCUAGGUUUUAACAAAUUGCAUUCAAACAUACCAGCAAGCUUAGGAAACCUCAAAAAUCUCUUGAAGCUAGACUUAUCCUCAAACAACUUGGAUGGCUCUUUACCUCAAGAAAUUGGAAACCUAAAGGCUGCAAUAUAUUUGAAUCUAUCAAUGAAUACACUCUCAAAUGGAAUUCCUAGAGAAAUUGGUGGCUUGCAAAAUCUAAUACAACUUUCUUUGAGAGACAACAAAUUGCAAGGAUCAAUACCUGGCUCAAUGAGCAGCAUGUCAGCUUUGGAAUUUCUAGAUCUUUCUCAUAAUAAUGUUUCAGGAUCAAUUCCAAAGUCUUUGGAGAAGCUUCUAAAUCUCAAGUAUUUCAACGUCUCUUUCAAUAAGUUGGUUGGUGAAAUCCCAUCCGACGGUCCUUUCAAGAACCUCUCUGGUCAAUCUUUCAUUUCCAAUGAAGAAUUGUGUGGUUCUCCAAGAUUUCAUGUUCCAUCAUGCCACAAUAGUACUUCAAAGCAUAGAUCCAAAAGGAGAAAAGUACUUGUUAUAUUUCUACUGGCUGGAAUUGCACUUGUUCUAUUAGUUCCUAUCGUUUUUGUGCUUGUAUGGAUAAGGUUUAUAAGAGGUAAAAGAAAUGAUCCUCGACAAACAUUUGAUUCAUCUUAUGUCGUCUCAACAAGAGGAAGAAUUUCAUACUAUGAAUUACUCCAAGCAACUAAUUCACUCAGCGAGAGCAAUUUGAUUGGUUCAGGGAGUUUUGGCUCUGUUUACAAAGGCAUCCUCAGAGAUGGGACUCUUAUUGCAGCUAAAGUGUUCAAUCUCCAAUUGCAAGCAGCUUUUAGGAGCUUUGAUACAGAAUGCCAAGUUUUGCGCAACCUUCGCCAUAGGAAUCUUACCAAGGUCAUCACUAGUUGUUCCAACCUUGAAUUUAAGGCUUUAGUACUCCAGUACAUGCCUAAUGGGAGCCUCGAUAAGUGGUUGUACUCGCACAACUACUUCUUAGACAUCAAGCAUAGGCUGAGUAUAAUGAUAGAUGUGGCGUGUGCGUUGGAAUAUCUCCACCAUGGUUUUCCAUUGCUUGUGAUUCACUGUGAUUUGAAGCCUAGUAACGUCUUGUUGGAUGAGGACAUGGUUGCCCACCUAAGUGACUUUGGCAUUUCAAAACUGCUUUCUGAAGAUAAGAGUGCUUCGUACACUAAAACUUUAGCAACAUUGGGUUAUAUUGCACCAGAAUAUGGACUGGAGGGAUUGGUGUCAACAAAAUACGAUGUUUAUAGUUAUGGGAUUAUGUUGAUGGAAACAUUUACAAGGACAAAGCCUAGUGAUGAAAUGUUUGAUGGAGCUCUUAGCUUGAAGCAAUGGGUGAGAAAUUCACUCCCACAUUCAGUAACGGAAGUUGUCGACGCCAACUUAAUAACGCCACGGGAUAAUUACUUAGAGAGAAAGUUAGAUUGUGUGGUAUCCACCAUGAAUGUGGCAUUGGAUUGUUGUGUUGAAUCUCCUAGAGGAAGGAUCGACAUGAAAGAUGUUGUAGCGAGGUUAAAGAUGAUCCAGAUUCAACUUCUUGCAUGUUGAGCAAGUUCCUAUUAGAAACUUUGCUUCCAAAUCAUCUCAUGUGUAACAAAUGUUUGCAAUAAUAUUUAGCUUCAAAUAGGCUAUAGUUUUGUGUAUUUCGUAACAUAGAGAAUUAAUGGCAUGUACAGUCAAACCUCUCUAU